AAAUAGUUAUCAUCAGCUCUAUGUUGUAAGUCUGUGUGCCUCUGUCUGCUUUCUCAGAGCUGGUUUCACAUCUUUUCAGACCAGUUCAGUUGUCCUCUGCUCUGUUCCUCUCUGGUUUUGUUCCUGUUGGUUCUCCAGUUUUUACCGUGUUAAGAUUUUCUUUUUGCCUGCCUGCCAGCUUAUCCACCAACUGACUAGAUUUAAAGAUGGGAAAAGUCCGCACCAAAACAUUGUUGCUGGGGUUUUCUCUUGGUCUGUUGGUCCUCUAUCUCAGUAAAGAUUUUACUGCCAAAAGAGUCAUUUGUAUCCCCAAAAAUGUGAGAGAGGGGAGCAGUGAAAUAAGAAGAUCCACAACGAACAACUCCUACGUAUACUCCUUCCCGAAAUGCCAACAAAACGCAUCUGCUGGAAAUGUCGAAGGCUUCGGCUCUCUUCCUGGUAAUAUAAAAGACUUUCUCUACCAUAAACACUGUCGACAUUUUCCCAUGAUACUGGACGUUCCUGACAAAUGUGGAGGAGCUGAUGAAUCUGCAGACGUCUUCCUUCUCCUGGUCAUUAAAAGCAUCCCUGAUAACUUUGAACGCAGAGAGGUACUGCGCAAAACCUGGGCUAAAGAGAGGCUGCACAACGGUGUGCAGAUCCGGAGGAUCUUCAUCUCAGGAGAGACGGGUUCUGGUUUUGAAAGAGGGAGACAGAACAGACUUCUUGAGCUGGAACAAAAUGAGUACAAUGACAUUCUUCAAUGGGACUUUAGAGACACGUUCUACAACCUCACCUUAAAGCAGGUACUCUUCCUAGAGUGGAUGGAAAGAAACUGUCCGAAAGCUCGCUUCUUGCUAAAUGGUGAUGAUGACGUUUUUGCCAACACAGACAACAUGGUUGAGUAUCUCCAAGGCCUCAGGGACAAUGAUGGAAGCAAGCACCUCUUUACCGGACAUUUGAUCCAGAACGUGGGGCCCAUUAGAUCACCAGGGAGCAAGUACUAUGUCCCAGUACAAGUGCAGGAGUCAGAGUCUUAUCCCCCUUAUUGUGGUGGUGGAGGCUUCCUCCUGUCUGGCUAUUCAGCUAUGGUCAUAUACAACAUGUCCAAGUCCAUCCCUUUUAUUCCUAUUGAUGAUGUUUACAUGGGGAUGUGUAUGGCCAAAGCUGGAUUAGGUCCAGUUCACCAUAUGGGUGUAAGGACAGCAGGCAUGUACAUUCCCUCGCAUAAACUAGAUGAAUUUGAUCCCUGCUAUUAUAAAGAGAUUUUACUGGUGCACAGAUUCCUUCCAGCAGGCAUCUAUCUUAUGUGGCAAAGAAUAAAUGACCCCAAUCUAAAAUGUGAAUUGGCAAAGAAAUCAUUUUAGUAGCAUUAAGCUCACUGGUGGUGUCAAUACCCUGUGAUCAAUUGACGGCAGGUCUAUGACACAGUCUCUAAUAUCACUGGUAGAGGUUUAACCUAAACCAGACAACAACAAAAAACAGAUCCAUACCCUGACAGUGACACAGAGUCCUUAUGUUUGCAACAUAAAGUUAUAUUUGCAUGAUACAUGAGAAUUAUUGUCCAAAAUAUAGUGUAACGCUGAAACAACGUUGCCUUUGUGAUUCAUAAUUUAACCCUUUGCAUCUGGCACCUGCUCUCCAGAAGAAACUGUAUUGUAACUCCAAACAGAAAAUAUUUGUUAUGCCCUCUAUUUGCCAAUUUAAAGAUUAUUUUACAAACUUGACCUCAAUGUGGCAGCCUGUCAAGUUUUGUGAUUUAUUGAAGAAACUCAUUGAUAUAUGGCACAUGUUUGACACAUGUGCCCUUUUAAUAAUGUUAUUGUUUUAUUUGUUCUGUAGACGCAGUAUAAUCACAACUAUGAAGAGGGAAAGUGGUUUCUGACACAGAAUUUGUUGAAGAUCACAGAUUGUAACAUUUUAUCAGUGGAUGAUUGCUUGUGUGUGUUUUGUGUGUUUCGUUGGUUAGUGUGGCUGUGGGUUUAUGUUUUGACUGGAGCUUGGUGUUGGUCCACAAUUCUGACUUGUUGGUUGCAAAUUGUUCAAAAAAACAUUAACAACCAGAAGUUGGCAGUACUGUAUAAGGUAUAAUGUUGUGGCCAAAGUCUUACAAAAUAUUGUCAAAUAAUUUCUCAGGUUUAAAAGAAAGAAAAAUGUUAUUUUAUAUUUAGCUUUAGCUCAUAUAUGUAC